UGGAUUUUCCGAGGGGAGUACACACACACAUAUACAUACACACACACACACACACUCACACUCACACACACAUAACACGCUUUAAAAUGCUAACUAGUAAACAUGUAGCAAUCUCGACAGCUUUGCUACAUGCUGAGCCACAGAUGUUGCGCGGGAGGGAUCGACUGAUAUAAAAGCAGGUUAUGGAUUCGAGCCUUCCUUGUUAUAUCCUUUUCAUCUUGAUUGGCUGUGUCAAAUGCUCUUUUGAUAACCACCACCACAAUGGCACCCGCCGCUAUGAUUACUGUGUGCUUGGAGCUGGGCCUGCAGGACUGCAGAUGGGAUAUUUCCUUUCCAAGGCUAAAAGAGACUACAUCAUCUUGGAGAGGAACUCAGGGCCGGGCAGCUUCUUUAACAAGUAUCCCAGGCACCGGAAGCUCAUCAGCAUCAACAAGAUCCACACAGGAAGGCAGAACCGAGAGUUCAACCUGCGCCACGACUGGAACUCGCUGCUGAGCGAUAAAGCUGACCUCCUGUUCAAGAGAGUGAGCAGUGAGUUCUACCCACCGGCUGAUGCCUUCCCACUCUACCUGUCCAUGUUUGUGAAGGAGCUUGGGCUGAGGGUCCAGUAUGGUGUGGACAUCGGCAGGGUCAGGGCGGUGCUGUCGGCCACUGGCAGGAGCUACAUCCUGACCGACCAGCACAUGUCGGACUACACGUGCAGUGUUCUUCUGGUAGCCACGGGUUUGUGGGUUCCUCAGAAGGUAGAGUUUGUCGGUUCUGACCUGGUUGAGGGCUAUGAGUCCAUUUCCACUAACCCCGAGGACUACAAAGACCAGGCUGUGCUUAUCCUGGGGAAGGGCAACUCGGCUUUCGAAACGGCCCAGAGCAUCUUGGGAACCGCCAGCCGGGUGCACAUGCUCAGUUCCAGUCCCGUUCGACUGGCUUGGCAAACACAUUAUGUUGGAGAUCUCAGAGCUGUGAAUAAUGAGCUAAUAGACACGUACCAACUGAAGUCCCUUGACGGGUUGGUGGAGGCACGUCUGGAGAAAAUAGUUAUCGCUCGACGAAAGGAGAAAAGCAAGAGGAGAUCAGGUGGAAAGAAGAAAGAGAAGAAGGUACAGUUGUACCUGACAUUAAAUAAGUACAUACAACACAAGGAAGAGAAGAACAGCUCUGAUGUGACAGGAGAAGAACUGCCGGGGUAUCACAUUGACAACUUCUCCAUCCGAAAGCCCUACGACCGCGUGAUUCGAUGCCUUGGAUUCCGAUUCAACUUCAGCAUAUUUGACAGCUCUACCUGCCCACCCAACAGUGAAAAGGCAAAAGGGAGGUUGCCGGGGGUGACCGCCUGGUAUGAAGGGAAGAACACCCCUGGCUUGUUUGUGCUGGGAACCGCUGCCCACUCCAGAGACUACCGCUCAUCUGCUGGCGGCUUCAUCCAUGGGUUCCGUUACACAGCUCGAGUUGUACAUCGUGUACUUGAACAACGUUACCAUAGCAACCAGUGGCCAUCGACAAAUUUGUUGACAACACAGCUGCAGUCCUGGAUUCUGAAGCGGGUCGGGGAGGCUUCUGGGCCGUACCAAAUGUUUGAGGUGCUGGGGGACGUUAUAGUUCUUAGAGGCUCCCACUGUGAAUAUGUGGAAGAGUUUCCAGUCCAGGCCUUGCCUCAGUUCUCCUCUCUCUCGGGCCAUGAGAUCUCCAACCAUGGACUUAUAGUUCUAGUCAUGCAGUACGGGAAGAAGAAGAUAGACUAUCUGGGGAGGAGCAGAGCUCAGACUGACUGGACCAAAGCUUGGAAAUCGAACUUUCUGCACCCUGUUUUAUACUACUAUGACACACUUCCUACCGAGGAAGAAAUGAAGCUCCGUCCCUAUGGCUGGCCUUUACCAAGGCCCAAGGCAGUUCAUCACAUGGUGGAGGACUUCCUCACAGAAUGGGAGAGUCCCGUAUCUCAUAUUCAGCCACUGCGGCGCUUCCUGGAGCACUGUGUUCAGACUGACCUCAGGGCCUUCUAUGCGGAAUCAUGUUUCCGCUCAUCCCUUACUCACCGCAAGCCGCCACUGUUUUGUCAGCAAGGAUACUUGAAGCAGAAGGGUGUCGCUCACAGCAGUCAGCUGUGGCAGCAUGUUCAUGACGCUGUGCAGAUGCCUACUGAGCAAGAGGCAGGCACAUCAGGAGCUGACCACGCUUUCCCCAACUACCUGGCACAAGCUGGAGCCUCCAUGUCUUCAGGACUGAAACUUGACUUCUGAUUGUUUUACUUAAGUGUGUUAAAGCUAUACCUAUAAUGCUGUUUAGGUUCCUCAGACCUGCUACCUCCAGCACCCAUAAAAAUUCCCUCCGCAAGACCAAAUAUUUUUGACAGAAUGCCGUCCUAUAGAUCAGUAGUUCCCAACCUUUUUUGGCUUGUGACCCGUUAAGAUAUUCUACUUGCAACACCUUGUCACCAGAUGUAAAUGUUACAUGACACAUGACCUUUUCAACCAAAGAGUGAUUUUACUUUCUUUAUUUUAAUAGUGUCCAAAGAAGUAAUUCACAAAAAAUGAGCAAAGAGUAGAGGAAAGUUUGAAAGACUAAGCAUAACUUUGUGUAUUCCCGCUUGUGGUAAUCAUCUCACGGCCCCUCAGGUUGGAAACUAUUGUUUAUCACUGGAGAGGCACCUUGUCCCUUGAAAGCUCCCUUUAUAAUUAUACCCCACAAAAUAUUUAUAUACAUUAUAAUAUGCCAUUUUCAUAUCAUGGAAAUCUAUAUUAUAUGAAGCUAUAUAGGUGGAGGGUGGGUGUGACAAAAUUAUUAUGCAUAAUACAUUUUACAUGAUGUUACCUAAUUAAACAUACAUUAAAGAGGGAA